AGAACAAUAAUUCGUCCAAUUCCUAUGUCUCACUUUCAAAACUUGCAAUUUCCACAUAUACAGUCAUUAUUUAAUUAAUUCUAAUAAAAUCAUCUGCCAUAGAAUGUUUACAUAUAUAUUCCAAGUUAUAUAUCAUAUUUUAGUCAAAUUAGAAUCAAUUAUUCUGGUACCUAAUGCUCUUUCAGAGAGAGAGAGAGACUCCAUGUAAGAUAAGGGGGAGAGAGAAAGGGAAAAGAAAAUAUUCUCAAUUAGAGAUUUUCUUCAUUGGCAUAUUUAUUUAUGGUGUUUUUUCAGCUAAGAUUCAAAAAAUAGAUGCAACCAAAAACAAAAUAUCUCUGCUGUCAUAAAAACCUAGCUAGCUCAUCAGCUUAUAAGCUAGUUCCCUUUUUUGAGCUUUCUUUUUUACACAAGCUUUAAUUCUUCUUCUUCAGGUCUUUUUUACCCAUUUUCAGCUCUACAUAUUCUUCUUCAUUUCACACACACACACACACACACACACACACACACACUAGAAUCAUCACCAAGAAUCAUAGUACAAGAAGAAAAAAAAAUGAUGUCUGAUGAUGGGCAGCAGCUUGCUUCCAUUAGAUCCUUCAUUCAAGAUCCUAAUCCAAACCCUAAUCCCAUUAUUCAUCCAUCCAAACGCAAACGAAAUCUCCCCGGAACACCAGAUCCGGAUGCGGAAGUAAUGGCACUGUCACCAAAGUCGCUAAUGGCGACGAACAGAUUCGUGUGCGAGGUGUGCAACAAGGGUUUCCAGCGCGACCAGAACCUCCAGCUACACAGAAGAGGGCACAAUCUUCCAUGGAAACUUAAGCAAAGAAGCAACAAAGAAUUCAUCAGGAAGAAAGUCUACAUUUGCCCCGAGAAAACAUGCGUCCACCACCACCCGGCCCGGGCACUCGGAGAUUUGACCGGGAUCAAGAAACACUACAGCAGGAAACACGGCGAGAAGAAAUACAAGUGCGAUAAAUGCUCGAAGAAGUACGCGGUUCAAUCCGAUUGGAAAGCCCACUCCAAGAUCUGCGGUACCCGCGAGUAUAAAUGCGACUGCGGAACCCUCUUCUCCAGAAAGGACAGCUUCAUUACACACAGAGCAUUCUGCGAUGCGCUGGUCGAAGAAAGUACGAGGUUUAAUAACAAUAAUUCGCCGCCGCCAGUUUCUUCUUCUGCCGGAAAUAGUUUGAAGUUUUCAGGCGGGAUGUUCGUCGGGUCGUCGUCUCAAAAUCAUCAUCACAUGAUAAACCUGGAUUUAUUACAAAAGACGCCGCCACCACUCAGGAAUAUUCCGGUGUGGCUCGACAGUAUUGCAAAUCCGGGCUUACCGGAAUUUGAGCAAAUGGCGGCAGAGGCGCAGAACGAGUGGUUCGGUAGGGGACAAGAAACAAUGUUUGGCGGCGAGAAUAAUAUUUGUAAUAUUAACAAUGGUUCAAUGGAAGAAGGGAACAAAUUAGGAAAUAUGUCUGAAGCAAUAAGUAGUUCGAUUUAUUACAGCAGCAAAGAAAGAAACCACCACCAUCAUCAUCUUCAUCAGCUCCGAUGUCUGCAACUGCAUUGCUUCAGAAAGCAGCUCAAAUGGGGUCGACAAGAAACGCCGCCGUUUUGGGUGGCAUUGGCACCGGUUCUUUUGGGCUGAUGAUGAGCUCGUCGUCUUUAUCCAAUAAUCAUGGAAAAAGCUUGAGUAAUCCAUUAAUGGCGGCCGGGGACAAAAAUACCACAAACAGCGGCAAAUUACUACUAAGGAGUGGGAUCAUCGGAGAUGAAAGCAGUGAUCUCACCCGGGAUUUUCUUGGUGUGGGUGGUGAUAGAAACCGGCGGCGGUUCUUGCAAGAGAAUGAUGACCUGGCAAAUUUUGGUUCAAUGCAGGGCGCUUCCGCCAUGGAUAUGAUGAAUCAUUACACCAGAAACCACUGACACCGGUAAACAAACAAAAAAAAAAAAAAAGAAGAGCAGAUUUUCCCUAGAAACAGAAGAGAACUUGUGAACUGUCAGAGGUAGGGUGGGGUGGGGGGGGUGGUGCAGCAUGUUGGAAGAGACGUGACAGAAGGUGACGUGGCAAUCACGGGGAAGAAAGUUGAGUUGUUGUUACUGCAUGUAGAAGGUAUUUUUUAUGCUUUUUAUUUUUCCUUUUACCUUUUGGGGUUAGGGUUUGAUAUAUGGACCACUCACUGCAUAUUAUUUGAAUAAAUGUAUUAAUUAAUUAAUUAAAUUUUUCGUUUAAUUAA